CACCAGGCCGCCUGCAGUAUAGGGCGGGACUGAGACUACGGGUGGACCGGUUAUGAAGGAGUUGGCGCAGGAUCUGAAAAUGGAGUGUGACAUCCUGGACGCGCUCGAGGCUCUGGGGUACAAAGGUCCUCUUCUGGAUGAAGAUGCCCUUAAUAAAGCAGCAGAAACUGGACUGGCUUCACAAGACUUUUGUGAACUUUGUGUUUGGUUAAGUUCCCAAAUACAGCCAUUGUGCAACCUGGAAGAAAGCAUCUCUGCAACAGCUGGUGGUGAAGAUAUUGAAAGUUUACAGCUCGAGAUGAGUGGCUUUUUAAAAGAACUGGCUUGUCCAUAUCCUGCGCUUGUAUCAGGAGAAAUUAAAGAGCGAUUAAAAAAAAAAGAAGAUUGUCUUAAAGUCCUGUUAUUUUUAAGUACAGAACUUCAGUCCCUGCAGAUAUUGCAGUUCAAACAAGGUAAAGGUUGUCACUUGACAAACAAUAACGAAGUCCAUCAGGAAAUCCAAAUGAUCUGUGAAGCUUUGGGUCUACCAAAAUCGUCGUCAUCUUCUGACAUUCCACUUGCGUUAAGUAAUAUAGAAUCAAAGCUUAAGGACAUUUUAUCAAAAAUUCCAAAUACACAUGUGGGUAAACCUCUGCUCAAAACAGCUUUGAAUCCAGAUCAAAUGAAAAGGCUGGACAAAAUCAAUAACACUCUGUGUAGUGAAUAUGAAUGCCGCCGCCGUAUGUUAAUGAAGCGCUUAGAUGUAACAGUUCAGUCCUUUGGGUGGUCUGACAGAGCAAAGGUGAAAACAGAUGAUAUUGCCAAGAUUUAUCAACCCAAGCGCUAUGGACUCUCUCCUAAAUCAACUGUUUCAUUAGCCCAUCUUGUAGCCGCUCGAGAAGAUUUAUCCAAAAUCGUUAGAACAAGUAGUGGAUCCACACGAGAAAUUUGUGCAGUCAAUAAGGUCUUGAUGGGAAGAGUACCAGAUCGUGGCGGCAGACCAACAGAAAUUGACCCACCACCUCCUGAAAUGCCACCAUGGCAGAAGAGGCAGGAUGGUGGUGGUAGAGGAGGAAGAGGGGGUUGGGGGGGAGGGGGAGGUAGGGGAGGAGGGAGAGGCGGAGGUGGUGGUGGUGGUGGUGGCUGGGGGGGUGGUGGUGGUGGUAGAGGAGGUGGCAGCAGUGGUUGGAGGGGUGGUGGAAGUUUCCAAGGGCAUGGCAAUUAUAGUGGGAGAGGUGGAUAUGGAGAUGCAUAUGGUGGAAGGGGAGGAAACUUCCGGAGGUACUAAUGCCAUUAAUAAUAGUAAUUGACACGCACUGACAGUUUACCAGGAGCAGGAGGCUCAGAAUCAACCAUGGCUAACUAAGCAACAUAAUAUCAAAAUUAAGUUGGUCCUCCACAUUGAUAAAUUGCUAUUGCUCUUUAUACUGUAAACCACUUUGCAUAUGAUGGAUUUCCAACACAGAUAUACUUCCAUUUAUGAAAGUGCAGCACAUGUGCAUUUGUUAAAUGCUGAUUUAUACAUGAUCACAGGCCAUAAUAGGUGGACAAUUUCUGAGCCACAAAAUAAACAGGUAUUGAACUUGUCACAAUUAUUAGUGAGCACACAGGAUAUGUACAGGUUUCUGUGCAGGUGAUAUCCAUGUAGAAAAUGUCUCGUGUGAAGUGACCCUUAAUGUUUUGAUUAAGUGAAAAAUGUUAAAGCAGCAAUUACUAUUUUUGACACUGUCUAGAGCAUCUCAGUUUUUAAUAUAGUGACAAACCAGGUGUGGAUUUAUUUAUUUAUUUAUUUAUUUAGGCUAAGCAGUUGGACUCUCAUGGAUUGCCUCUCCAUGGAUUGGACUCUCAUGGAAAACAACAAAACAAGCAAAUUAUGCUAAAAUUGCCUUCCAUUCUUAAAACAUUUAUGAAAAAAGUAGAAAGGACAGGUAUGCUAGAUGGAAAGUAUGCUUAAAUUAAAAGCAGGACCACUGCACCAGAUUUCCAUGUAAAGGCAGGUGGCCAUCUAUACAUCUCGUUGUGAUGAUAAAGGCAGGUUGCUUACCUGUAACUGUCAUUCUUCAAGUGGUCAUCAGUGCAUUCACACAUAAAGGUGCUGCGCCUGCACAGUGCCUACAUUAGGAAAGAUUAUCUCAACAUUAAGCAUUUUGCCUCCCCCUCCACCCCGCAGGUAUAAAUAGGUGGGGUUCCCACCCUUUCGCCAGUCUAUCUGAAGAUUGAGAUCAAGGGAUGUCUGGUUCAAGAUCAUAUACAGAGUAAUGUGUAGAAACAGGUGCGACAUCAGAAAAAGGUAGGCCAUAAGGACAUGGAGUUGGAGGCUCUUGUGUCUGGUCUGGUAGUCGGGUCCGACAGAACUUGAAGUGAUGAUCUGGAUGGCGCCUGUGAGUGGGUUGGACAAUCUCAAAUUUCAUCCUCCAAUUAAAGAUGGAAGAGGAGGUUCCAUUCGGUGAAGGUCACUGUGCAGUUUAGUUCUAGUGCUUGAAUGCAGGCCCAGAGACAGUUUUGGAGUGUUAUGUACCAAAGGUGAGCGCUUAUCGAUGGAGCAGUUGAUUCCAUGAGUUCCAUCUGAACCAAAAACAGAGGCACACUGAGCGGACUGAGAAGGCGGCUUACAUUUUUUCUCUGGUCUCUCUCAAGUGCCUCUCUUUUCAAGCCUCUUUAGUCUUAAUAUGCUUUCUCUUCUUGAGUUUCUUAGGAGAUUAAGACUAACUGGGAGGUUUUGCCACGGUUUCAGAGGUUUUGGAAAGUACCUCAGUGGUACCUCAUCACCACCAAGGCUCUGUCCCAGCGCUCCUUUUUGAGACAACUCUCCAGGUUUUUGCGCACCUGCUUUGUUAAAGUUCUGACAGUGUGCACAUUUGUCUACUCGGUCAAAUGGCACUUGAAAGUAGACAGAGGGGCAGGAACUAUGCCUAUUUAUACGAGGGGGAGGGGAAGGAGGAUUUCCCACCAAAACAUUUAAUGCUGAGAGAAUCUUCCCAAAUACAGGCACAGCACCCAUAUGUGUGAUGCUCAGAGACCAUGAUAAAGCAACAGGAAUCCACUUCUCAGCCAAGCCAAAACCUGUGCUUGUUCGGUGCCUCCUCACUGCCAGCAUGAUGGAGACAAGUAUCCCUGCCAGAUGGCAAAGGAACUUCCCCUCUUUCCUGGCAGAAAGGGAGGAGUGAGUAUUCUGGCCUCAGCUUGGCAAAAGGACUCUGAGCCCCUUUGCUGAGGAACAGAUAAUGUGUGAAGGAUCCUAUCCUACCUCACCCCAUGUCUCCUUCCUGAAGGAAGGAAUGGCAGGUUUGAUAACUUCAGCCAGUACUUGGUGGUGGGACUCUGGAUGCUCCAUCAAGUAGGGACUGCAGGAGCAUCACCCCUUUUGGGGGCAGGGAUGGAAGCCAGAGGCUAGUCUUCCAACUCUCCAGCUUUCCUCUCAAGCUUCAGGAUUGGUAUGGAUUUCUGUGACCUGUAGGCUUAGACCUCCUUGCCUACCUUGGCAGCUUCAGAGUUGGGAGGAAGGCUUUUCAUACAUUAAACUUGCAAGAGGGCACUCACCAUGGCAAGUGUGACGGUUGAGCUUGGUGAGAAUCCUGCUAAGAAAAAUGAUCAUCAGAUAUCCCAUAAAAAAUACUCCAGAACCCUAUGUAUAAUAACUCUUCCUCUGUUCACUUAAUUCCACCAAAAGUUGGAAAACAGGAUUAGGAUGUGUAUGCAUGUGCCUGGGAAAAACAAGUUACUGCUUUUUUGCCAUUCCCCUCCUUUCUUAACUCAGUCAUUCACUUACAGCAACCUGAGCUUUUUGAAGGCGAGCUUCAAUACAUCAGCUUGCCAAGACGAGGAUGGCCCCGCCUGUUGGCAAUUGAGAAGUGGCCGCCCUUUGAAGCUAGAGAGGUGCCCGAGAUUGUCCAGAGAGUUGGGAGAAGUUUGGGGUUAUUUGUUACACACGUAGCCGGAGGCAAACAGGGCCAAAUUGCCUCUCCCCCUCCAUCCGCCUUUCUUCCCCCACAGCAAGAGGGGGAGGAAGCACGGAGUUCUGUCGCUUGUCUUUAGUCAGUGAAGUCCAAAGAGGCAGUCAGCCUUUCUGUCAGGAAAUAUUGGGUAGAAGCAGGGCAGGACUAGCUACUGUGGUUUUUGGCUUGGCUAGACCACUUUUGUAAUCUUCUGCUUAAGUAUACAAGCAAUCAGGGUCAGGAAACAGCUAAUGCCAUAAACAGGAGAACUUGUCAUUUGCUCUUGAUGCCCGAGUCUCUUUUGCAGCUCCUCCUCAGGAGAAAAUUAGUUUUUCUUCUGUUUCGUAGAGUUAUGUAGAUGCACAUCCUAACAGAAUUCUAACUGUUCUAUAUUAUAGUGUUCUAAAUAGUCUUGUGUAGAAAGCAGCGCAUAAAUGCUUCUAAGCCAGAAGAGAACAUUAGGAGAACCAUGUUGAUUUUAAAGGGUUACUUUUUUAAAAAAAUAUAUACCUUACCCUUUUCAAAUUGGAAGACAUUUGAAACAAAAUAAAACAGCUAGUUACUGAGAAUUUGAUCCCUAUAUAGUUGUGUUUGUCAACUUCUUUAAAAUGCAAUAAACUAAUCUCAUGGCUAAUUUUUGAACAUAUCUAUAAAUUUUUGUAUGUUUUAAAGCAAAAGGAUGUAUUUUGUAAUUUUUUUGUGUAAAUAGUUUAAGAAAAAUCAAUUUUAUGUUUGCAUUUUUUGCUUUAAAUAUUUGUUCACAUUAAUGCAGCAUCUACUGAAAAUCUUGCUUUUUCUUGGACCCUGGAGACUAUACUGUUUUAAUGGAGUAGAUUUGCUUAGAUUUAGGAGUGCUGAAAUAGCACAGUACCUUGGUAAUUCUUGUAGUGGCAUCAGAUAUGACAAAAUACUUGUAGUAAGGAGAGGGAACAGCCAGAGUAUUUGUGCUUCUUGGCAGACUCCAAGGGAUGGUGGAGGAGAGGAGAACCUGGAGAAAUGUUGUCCAUGGGGUUGUGAAGGGUUGGACAUGACUUAGCAACUAAACAAAAAACCCCAUAAAGUUCAAAGUGGGAAAUUCUCCCUACAUCAUUCUUAGCAUUUCCUGAAUGUUCUGUGGGGUACUUGUAGAAAACUGAGUGUAGCAGCACUUAAGAGGCGAUCCCUUGUGCUAUUGUACUGCAUAAGGACCACAGAGAGGCACACACGUGUGCACGAUGGACUUAAUGACUAGAGAGAAUCUUUUAGUACUAGCAACUCUGUACAAGCAGCAGUAGUGCAACCUGGGAUUGAUUCUGAGCUGCAGAGGCUAAUGGGAUAUAUUCUACCAUUUAGAGGGAAGAAGGAGCUGAAUAGUUACCAUCUAAAUGUGUUAAUGCCACACAGUUACAACAUGGCACUGUUUAGCAUUACCUGUGAACAUGGCCAAGGUAUUGUGGAUCAAAUAGGCUAUGGGUCGUCAGAAUGGCUUGUCACCAAAAAAACUAAGCUGUCUUGCAAGAAGCAGUAUCAAUUCAGGCACAAUGGCAACCCACUGUGGCUAGUUACCCAUCUCACAUGGUCAUGUCAUACACACCCAAUCUAUCAGACAAUGACAACCAGAAAUGGUUUUGCUACAGAGUAAAAAAAUAAAUUCUUGUGCAACUUUAUUUUAAUAAAUAUCAAACAAAUUGCA